UUCAUAAUGUCGUUGUCAUUAAAAACCAACCCGAUUGGGGUUAAAUAUAAAAAUUACGAUUUAUUAAAACGCUAAAAUCGCUUUAAAUUCUAUAGUAAAGAUGGACAUGGAAAACGCAGAUUUACAAGAUAACCCCAUAACAAAAAUUGAAGAUAUUAUAGACAUUCAAAAAGCCAACGGUAAUAUUAACGUGCGACAAGUAGCUUUUCGAUUACCUUCUGAAACAGAUAGCAGUUUAUCUGCGGGUGUAGCCAAGAGUUUAGAAACUGGAUUAUCUAAAGCUAAAUCAGAACACAAGAAAAAGAAAAAAUUACGUUCCAAAGGACAGAAAAGUUUAUUAGCAGAACUAGUAUCUUGGCCGAGCGAUUCGGAUAUCACAGUUCUAAGAAUGAAAUUAUAUACAAGGGAUAAAAAUAUGGGGAACAUUAUUUUAGGCGACGGCUUACACCAACCUGACAGUUCUUCCAUGGUUAAUUUAGCUACUCUUAUUUUAAAAUCGCAACCGCCUUCCAAACAAAGUCUUGUAGAGGAGUAUUUAUUGCCUCUGACUUCCUGGGAACAUGCCAUGGAUCCAAAUGUUAAAGUCCCUGUAGUAAAAGAGGCUCUAUCAGAUACCUCAGAAGUAACCAAUGAAGUAAGAAGUCACCAUGCUAGAUGUAGUCAAGAUAGUGAGGUAUGCGAAUCCAACACGAAAUCGAAGGUAGCUCGAUUUUUGCGUCUCUAUUUUUGCCCAUGUUGCACUUGUCUGUACAAAUUGGAAAGAAUGCAGGAAGAGCCGUCUACGUGUUUUACCAAACCCUGAGAAGCGAGAACAGUACCUACCUAUCCUACCAAGUAGUAGAGUAAAUUGAGGGUAGUUAUUCAUAUUUAUCUAAAAAAAAUAUGGUCGGUUAUUUAUAUUAAAAAUAUAUUAAAGAUGUGCCAUGG